AUGCACGACGCAAAACGGGAGAAACCCUCGUCGGCCACCCAUGGAUUCUUCCAGCAGAUGCCCAUCGUUGCACCCGCUUAUACCUAUCGCUCCCACCACGCAGACCCGUCCCCAGUCGACGAUUUAGCCUUGAACCGAGUGUUAAACCUGUAUCUCCCGCCGGAAUGCUCUGAAGUCUACACCUCCAUCCACAAUCUCGCCCGUCGUGCUUUACAUCCCCAAGUCCUCCAGCUGUCUGUAGAUGCCGAGCUCCAUCAGCCCACCCUCAAUCUGCUGAACACCUUCGGAGAGAGCAAUCGAGUUGACCCCCUAUGGGUGAGUGAGGGCUGGCGACACCUAAAGGCAACCGGGCAGGAGGAAGGGCUUCUGGCAGUGGCCUACGAGAGACACAAUCAGACAUGGAAUCGACGGGUGCAUCAAUUCGCAUUGAACCAUGUGUGGGCCAGCAGUGCAGCCAUGACAGGAUGUCCCUUAUCCAUGAGCGAUGGGGCCGCUAAACUGCUCCACGCCCAUCUCGAAGACCCGGACGGCGAUCAACCAGGACGCAAUCGCGUUCUCCGAGAAUCAUAUCGCCGACUCAUCUCGCGACAUCCAACCGAAGCAUGGACAUCCGGACAAUGGAUGACUGAACGGCGCGGGGGAAGUGAUGUUCGCGGCACAGAAACCGUUGCGCGACGAAUGACUUCCGAGGAGCUGUCACAGGAUACGACACUCGGCCGCGAUUGCGACGCGCAUGGUCUGCCGCUGGGCCCGUGGCGGAUUGAUGGCUUCAAAUGGUUCAGCAGCGCCACUGAUUCCGAUAUGACCUUGCUGCUGGCGCAGACCAGCCGGGGGUUGAGCCUCUUCUACCUUCCGACUCGUCGCGGUGUAGGCGACCAAGCCAAUCAAUCCGAGCUCAACGGGAUUGGAAUCCAGAGACUGAAGAAUAAACUGGGCACAAAGUCUCUGCCAACCGCCGAGCUAGAGUUACGAGGAGCGCGCGGGUGGCUCAUUGGGGAGGAAGGCCACGGCGUCAAGGAGAUCGCCACCGUCCUGAAUAUCACCCGGCUGUAUGCAGCUAGUAGCUCAGUCGCCGGAUGGGGUCGCGGACUGGCGAUCUGCCGCGCAUAUAGUCAAAUUCGAGAAACGAAGGGGAGGUUGCUUCGAGACAACCGGCUGCAUCUGCGCUGGAUGGCGGAGGAGACAGUGAAGUAUUGGGCGGCAACGCAGUUGACCUUCUUCGGGGUGGCUCUGCUGGGGACGAUCGAACAAGACUGGGGACUGAUGGUGCAGAACACCCAAUCAGCCCAGUUGAUUCCCCAAGAGACCGCCAGCGCAGCAGCGCUUCUGCGUCUAAUCACCCCUGUGAUCAAGGCCACCGAAAGCGUGAACGCCGUCCACGGCUUGCGUGCUUGCAUGGAAUGUCUGGGCGGGGUGGGAUACUGUGAAAACAAUGAGAAUGGCGGCCUGUUGAAUAUUGCGAAGAUCUUCCGUGAUACGACGGUGAAUGGCAUUUGGGAGGGCACAGUCAACGUGCUGGCCGAAGACGUCGUGCGGGUCAUUACUGAUGCACGCCUAGGGCAGGGAGAUGUGAUCGGUAGGGUUCUGGGUCCCUGGGCAAGACGGCUGCUCGCACUGGGCAACCAUACUCUUGGGGAAGAAGGCAGCAUUAUUGCGCAGCAUCUCGACUGUUUGGCGGUAGUCGCUGGGGGCACCAAGGAGGAGUUGCUAUACCGCGGACGAGAGCUGUUGCAGUAUCUGGAAGUGGUGAUAUCGGGCUCUCUGCUCCGAUACGAUGCUGUACAGGACGGGAAUCCAAUUGCUCAAGAAGUUGCUUCUCGGUGGAUAAGACGUAAUUCUUUGGUGCCGAAGCCGACUUCACCUCGUAUCCAGGGAUGGAGCGAGGAGUCGGCGAUGGAUCGAGGCAUCUUCUUGGGUUCAAUGACAGCUGCACAGUCUGCGAGGUCCAAGCUAUAG